CCCGUCAGGGUGACCCAGAGGCCCCAGGACCAAGAGCCAAAUGCCAGCGAGGUGUCGCACAAUGGAAGUGUGCAGGAUGUCAAAUUGUAUAACCCACUUGGAGGUUUGCAGGCACAUAUCAGAGAGGCAUGGUCCAAGGAACAGGAAGUGGAGAAAGGCAUUAAAAGUUUGACCUACAUUGUAAGAUUGAAGGAGCGUUUAAAAAAAGGAGAAGAAGCAGGGGUCAGAGGAGCCCAACAGAACAAUCCAGGUCCUGUGCCUGAGAAAAAGAGGAUGGCGCCUGUGAGACUUGCAGACAUCGACUGGAGCGGCUGCGCUGCUGUUUACGGCCGACCCUACAGGGACAGGGUGAUUCAUCUGCUUGCUCUGAGGGAUUACAAGGAGCCAGAGUUACUUGCUUGGCUGCAGAGAGAUGGAGUCAGGCCAAAGGAAAAGGACUCCCUUGGAAAGAUCCUUCAGCAGGUAGCCAACCUGAAUGCAAAGGAGAAUUCCUUCAGUCUGAAGGAACAUCUAUUUCAAACCCUUCAGACUGAUUGGCCUGGCUACAGUAAAAUCGAAAGAAAGAGUUUGAAAUUAAUACUUUCUGGUGACCACUGGCCUGGGGAGCCUGUUGCAGUGCUCAAGCACCCUCUGGGCCAUGAAUGUUUUCCUGAUAUCCUGCCUAAAGUUCCCUCAACUCUGCUUCAUGUUUUUUCCUUGAGUCCUGACACUGAAGAAAAUCAGCUCCAUCUCAGAACCCCACCAGCAGCAGCCAAGCAACAUCUCCAAGGCCUUCUGAGAGAGAUGCUCCAGCAAGACCUGCUCAGAUACGGCCUUGGGCUUCUGGCUUUAUCAGUCCUGUCAGGAGCAAGAAGCAGAGAACUGAGCAGUAGCCCAGUUACAUCCAGGCAGCAGCUGGUGGCCACUCUUCUUCCUGGGUGCUGGCUUUAACAUUGCAUUCUACGGGGAUGUCAAAGCCAUCCCCGUUAAAUGGGAUGUCAAAGCCAGCACCCUGUCUCCAAGUCUGGGCUCCAUUUCCCCUGCACCCUUUAGGUUCAAGAAAAAGACAAAUGUUGGAGUUCUAGAAUGCCAGCAGUUGUGUAGAGGACUAGCACGUCCAAAAAGAUAUGAAGAGAACUGGGGAGGCUGAAGCAAUAGUGUCCCUUGGAUUUCAAUGAAGGGUAGCCGCAGCUACUCCAAGAUGAAGAGCAGGUGCCAGUAGCUCCACAAAAAGCUGUCCCACAUUCAGCAAUGAGUAUCUGAAUUUGGCAAGCAGCAAGCCCUGGAGUCCUGGCACCAGGCUUGUGCUUCAGCAAAGGAACAUCUAUGAGCUCCAGCUGUUUUAUUUUAAAAGAUUAGCUUUUUAGGUUUCUUCAAGUUAGUAAUAAGGAGAUGAUUAUUUGUUAAAAAUGUAGGAUUAGUUAGUCUAAAAUUAGAGAAUUUAGUCUUGAACUUUAGCAAUAAAAAAGUUGCAUUAUUGUUAACUCCUUCUCUUAUCAUCAGUUUUAUCAUAUUUGGAGAGUCUUUCUUCUGGUCAAUUCUUCUCUUCAAGACUUAGCUCUGUCCACUGAAUGAAACUUAUCAGUAGAGAAUGGAAGCCCAGUACCUCUAUUAUGAAAUUGUGCACCUAUUAAGAAAAUAUUGUAGCAAAUGGAAUUUCUUUAUGACAAGAAUAAGCCUGUUUUCUGAUUUUCUUGUUAAUUUAAGAUCUUUGCCUUAAGGGGUGGAAGGCAUAGAGGACAACCUCCACCCCAAAUGACCUUGUUUUGGAGGGUUGCAGAGGAGUGCACAUGGGCUGCUCUAAGCUGUCAGCUGAAGCAGCUCUCAGGACUGCUUGUAAAUAAUGGCCUCAUCUUGUCAUGAGCCAGGGAAGAUCCAGGUCUCUGUAAGGGUUUUGUAAAAGACAUGGAAAAGUGUUGGAGGCAAGGUACUUCAAUGGGUUUUAAAGAGAAAUUCAGUUCCAGUGUCCCUUCAGGAUCGCUAUCCUGAAGUUUUGUAGAUUUCUCCAAACUAGUCAGUCACAACCUGUCUUUCUA